AUCCUAAACACUAGCCAACACUACUCUAAUCGAGGCUAUCACAAAUAUUUCAUUUUAAUUCUUCCGUUUUGUUUAACGAAAUCUACGCUGGAAAGAAACUGCAAGUGGCCAGCAGCAGAUUAAGGAAUAGAACGACCACAAAAACAAGUUCAGCCAUGGGCACGUCACCGGUCCUUCUAAUUUGUUUAUGUCUGCUCUUCAGUAGCUGCUACGUGUCGGUGUCAGCCGAUGAGCACAAUCAUAAGUAUAAUGAUCGAGAUGAGGUGGUGUUAUGGAUGAAUACGGUUGGUCCGUAUCAUAACCGGCAGGAAACUUAUGCCUACUUUUCGCUGCCGUUCUGCAGUGGUACCAAAUCGAGCAUAUCGCAUUACCAUGAAACACUCAGCGAGGCACUCCAGGGCGUUGAGCUAGAGUUCAGUGGCUACGAGAUGGAGUUCAAGACGGAUGUCCCGCGCACGGUUAUUUGUAUGGUUAAGCUAACCGAGGAGAAUGUGAAGGCGUUUAAAUAUGCUGUGAUGAACGAGUACUGGUAUCAGAUGUACAUCGAUGGUCUGCCCAUAUGGGGCAAGGUCGGUGAGCGGGAUGAAAACGAUGGCAAGUAUUACAUACACACGCACAAGAAAUUCGAUAUUGGCUAUAAUGGCCAGCAGAUUGUGGACAUAACGCUAACAACGGAAAUGCGCGAGGAACUGAAAACGGAUGCCAAAAUCAAGUUCUCCUACGAGGUCAAUUGGAAGCCCACAAAGAUCGAGUUUAAGAAUCGCUUUGACAAGUAUCUGGAUCCAAAUUUUUUCCAGCACAGGAUACAUUGGUUCAGCAUCUUUAAUAGCUUCAUGAUGGUAAUUUUCUUGGUGGGUCUGGUUUCUAUGAUAUUGAUGCGUACGCUGCGCAAGGAUUAUGCACGCUACAGCAAGGAUGAGGAGGUGGAUGACAUGGAACGCGACUUGGGCGAUGAAUACGGCUGGAAACAGGUGCAUGGCGAUGUUUUUCGCACACCACCAAAUUCACUUCUCUUCUCCGCGCUCAUCGGUGCCGGCUAUCAGCUCAUCUCAGUGGUCUUUUGUGUCAUCAUGUUUGCGAUUGUCGGUGAACUGUAUACAGAACGUGGCUCAAUGCUAUCUACGGCCAUAUUUGUAUAUGCAGCUACAUCGCCCAUUAAUGGCUAUUUUGGUGGCUCACUUUAUGCUCGACUAGGCGGUCGCUUGUGGAUACGUCAGAUGCUCGCUUCCGCGUUUACGGUGCCUGUCGCCGUUUGUGGAACUGCGUUCUUUAUUAACUUUAUUGCCAUUGGUUAUCAUGCAUCACGCGCCAUACCCUUUGGCACAAUGGUUGCAGUUACCUGCAUUUGCCUGUUUGUCAUCUUGCCACUGACUCUCGUUGGCACCGUGGUGGGACGUAAUUUGGAUGGUCAGCCGGAUUUCCCUUGUCGCGUAAACGCUGUACCCAGGCCCAUUCCCGAAAAGAAAUGGUAUAUGGAACCGUUGAUUAUUGUGCUGCUGGGCGGUGUGCUACCAUUUGGUUCCAUUUUUAUUGAAAUGUACUUUAUCUUCACCUCGUUCUGGGCGUACAAAAUCUAUUAUGUCUAUGGCUUCAUGUUGCUCGUGUUUUCCAUUUUGACUGUAGUCACCGUUUGUGUUACAAUUGUGUGCACAUAUUUCCUGCUGAAUGCCGAAGACUAUCGGUGGCAAUGGACGAGCUUUAUGGCAGCUGGCUCCACGUCCAUUUACGUAUAUGCCUAUUCCUUUUACUACUUCUUUUUUAAGACCAAAAUGUUUGGACUAUUCCAAACAGCUUUCUAUUUUGGCUACAUGGCACUCUUCAGCGGCGCUUUGGGCAUCAUCUGCGGCACCGUUGGCUAUGUGGGCACGAAUCUCUUCGUGCGUAAAAUCUAUUCCAAUGUGAAAAUAGACUAAAUUCGUGCGGCUGUAGAGUUCAAACCAUUUGAAACCAUUUACAAAUGUAUUUAUUUUGUAGUCCUUUAGUUCACCCACUUGUGUUUAUAUAUAUUCAUUUUGCUCUUUA